AAUAUAUGUCUAGUUUUGAGUUGUUCCCUACUGUUGACUCGUUGACCGUACAGUUACUGUGUAAACCCUAAAUUGGAACCACUCCUUAUUCCCAUUCCAUUUUUCGGCGUAACACAUUCAGAAUAUUAUUGCAUAUUAUUUUCCUGGAACUACUCAAUCGGUAACUUCACAUGGGAAGAAAACAAACAAAGUCUACUCCCCGAAAAGUGAUUGAUGUGGAACCAGAACCGGAACCGGAUCCUGAUAGAAUAAGUUGCUUACCAGGUCAUGUAAUAGACCAGAUUCUGACUUACUUGCCAAUUAGGGAAGCAGUGAGAACAAGUGUUUUAUCUAAAAAAUGGAGGAACAAAUGGUACACACUCCCAAAUCUUGUGUUUGAUAGACAAUGUCUCUCUGCUGCAGCUUACGAAGACACGUUAGUUAUUCAGAUGAAAUUUUUGAAAAUUGUUAAUAGUGUACUUUUACAUCAUUCUGGGCCAAUCAACAUAUUCAAGUUCUCUAUGUGUGCUCCCAUUGAUGAGAGUCUUGUGUCCGAUGUUGAUCAGUGGAUUCUAUAUCUAAGUAGGAAGUCUAUUAAAGAGCUUGUGCUGGAUGUUUGUACAGAGGAACUCUACAAGAUACCUUGGUGCUUAUUCUCUUGUCAAAGUUUACAUCAUUUGAAAUUACAUUUCUGUUGUCUUAAACCUCCAACGUUGUUUAAAGGCUUUAGGAGCUUGAAAAGUCUUGAUCUGAAUCAUGUAGCAGUGGCUCAAGAUGCUUUUGAAAACUUGAUAUCUGGCUGCCCCCUGCUUGAAAAAUUGAAAUUGACCGAAGUUGGUGGCUUCGCCCAAAUUGAUAUCUGUGCACCAAAUCUCAAGUUUUUGGAAAUCCAUGGCGAAUAUGAGGGUAUUAACUUUAACAACACUUUCCAAUUAGCUACGUUAGUCAUUGAUUUAUGGUGGGAUUUUAACUUUGAAAACAGCAAUCAAGGUAGAUCGCGCGGACACUCUAGCAACAUGCUCAAAUUUUUCGAUCAUCGACCUCACAUACAAUGCCUAGUAAUUCGUUCUUGUUUUUUAAAGUAUCUGACUGCAGGUGUUUUGCCAAAAAAGCUUCCUACACCUUGUAUGGAUCUAAGUCAUCUUUCCUUGAGCAUAAACUUCGAUGACUUGAAGGAAAUUUCGGCUGCUCUUUGCUUGCUCAGAAGCUCACCUAAUCUUCGAAAAUUAGAAAUAUUUAAAGAGAUUGAGGUGCACACUGUCCCUUUGACACCUGCUGCCUAUUGUUGGGAAAAAAUCUUUUCGGCGCCAGCCAUGCCCAUUCGAGUGCGACAUGUGACGAUAGAUGGCAUCUUUGGUAACAAAUUGGAAUUAGAUUUUAUCAAAUUUCUACUUCUAUAUUCUCCUGUGCUAGAAAAGAUGACUGUGAAGCCUGUUGAAAACUUCAUACCGGAGUUGAUGAGAGGACUAAUUCGGUUCAAAAGAGCGUCGGGAGAAGCUGAAGUUAUUUUGGAAGACUUUACAUAAUGAUUUUCUCUUGUGAGGGAAUAUUGAUACCAAUUGUUCUUGGUCUUUCAAAAAAUGGGGAAUGAUUCAAUUUACAGGCUUGAAAGUUAUGUGUUUUAAAAUAGACUGUGUAAGACUUCUUAUGAUGGCGGGUAUGGGCUGUUAUGUUUUUAUUAUGUGUCAGUUAUGUAUAGAAGUUAUGGGUUGUGUGUUUCUGUUUUAGAAAAAAUAUAGAAAGGAAAGAAGAAAAUUAUCAUGGGAUAGUUUUUGAAUGGUUUUGAGAGGUAAAGACCAAGCUCUCGAAUUCUUGAAGGGAGAGACAGACUCUUGAAUUUCUUGGAUAGUAAUUGUGUAUAAUAUCUCUUUCCUUAUUUUACGUGUGAAUUCUAUAUUA